CCCAACUCAUCGCAUAAACGGUCAAAUAGCCUCCACCCCGUGGUUUUUUCUGCACACCUGGGAAUUGAUUACCGAGCCAUCGCAAGCAAAAGUUCCUCUCUCUAAGCUUCUCAAUCAUCUCAGACAUCAUCAUGGGCGUCGGUGCCGAAACAGCUACGAAGGAGAGGAAAGUUCCUAAGAUCUCGGUGCACAACUUUGCAGAACGCAAGGAUGAGAUCGCGAAGGAGGUCGUCCGGGCUGCCGAGGAAAAUGGUUUCUUCAUCCUGGAAAAUCAGGAGUCUCCCUCGGUCGCUGAGAUAGAGGAGAUGUUUGCGUUAUCGGAGCGGUAUUUUAGCCUCCCCGUGACUAAAAAAUCGGAAACACCAUUUAUCAAGGCUGAGAAUACCGGUUGGGAAACUUGUUCCCAAGUUCGCCCGUCGACUGGACUACCUGAUCAGAAAGAAUCCCUCCAACUUCAAUAUCACCGUCUCGGUGACCGGACUUGGCCGCAAGACCCAUCAAUCCCCGAAUUUGCUCAAACCGUGGCCCCAUUCAUGGAGAAAACCCAUGCACUCUCCAUGAAUAUCCUUAGCAUUUUUGCCCUCGCCCUAGGAUUUCCAGAAGAUUUUUUUGUAAAAGCUCACGACGUGAGUCGCACUGAUGCUCAGUCAACCUUACGCCUUCUUCACUACCACGAUAUCACCGGAAACCAAUUCCCGUCGAGCUACUGGCGUGCGGGGCCCCAUACGGACUACGAUUGCCUCACGAUGCUCUUCCAAAAGACUGGUGAGGACGGGUUAGAGAUUUGUCCUGGGAGGGAGGCCCACACAAGCUUUGGGACGGGAGACCACUGGACCCCAGUUAAAGCCAGGACCGGUGAGGUCGUGUGCAACAUCGGGGACAUGUUGAUGGCCUGGAGCGACGAUAGGUUCAAGAGUUUGUAUCACCGGGUUAGGUGCCCCGGCGUGGGUGAACGGCAGACGUCCAGAUACAGUAUCGCUUACUUUAACCAAGCGAACAAGGACGUAGAAAUACGGGGCCCGUUGGGGAAAUACCCUGUAUUGACUGCUCACAAGUACAUUCUCGACGCAAUUAAGCGCAAUUACGGCGAAUUUGAGAAGGUGGGAGCCCUCACCGCAACCUAGCCUAACUCCGCCAUCAUUUUUCCUUAAUUUGCUCUCUUAAACUCAAUUCGCUUUUGCUGUAACUUACUGGGUAUUCUUAUAAUCGGUGUCGUGGACGGGUUACUUCCAUGCAUGGUGUGUCACAGGAUCGGGGGUGUUGCUCGGAUUAACAA